CAACAACAACAACAGCAACAAUUAUCAUCAGAAGAAUAUGAACAAAUUUCAAAAUUAUUACUGAUUCAUUUUCAAGAACGAAAAAUACUCCCUGCGGAUAUAUCCCCACAAUACGACACGAUAACGCCAACAAAUUAUUGUGAAGAUGAUCCACAUACAUGGCCAUCAAAUUGGCAAUCACAAGCACCACAAAUGAUAAUGGCGCCUGAACAAUAUUUGCAACAGAAACCAUCAUUAAAUGAAUAUCAAAGAGAAUUGAUCCGUAGGAUUAGUACAAAAUAUGAACCAUUGAAACAUUAUUAUUGGCAAAUGAUCCAUAAGAAUGUUAAUAAUGAUGAUGAUGAUGAUUGUGAUACAUUGAAAACCAAUGCAAGACGUUCAACGACCACUAAUGAAGAUUCAAUUAGUGGCCAACAGCAGCAGCUGCAGCAGCAGCAUCACUUUAGUAGUAAAAGAAAAUCUUCACAACCAAACACGGUGAAUAACCUGAAUGAAAUGAAAUUCUAUAACAAUUCUACUAUAAAUAACAAGGAAAAUAAUGAAAACAAUUUAUUAAUUGAUCAUCAAUAUACUAAUAAUAACAGUCGACUGUCAUAUCAAUCUGUCGUCAAUCAUCAUCAUCAUCAUAAUGAACAUCCGCCAUCAAUGAAAUCAAUGAUCCAGACGCCAGUAAAAACAAUGAAUUAUAAUGCAAAUAGAAUGGAUAAUUUAAUUGAUACUAAUGGUACGAUUUUUUCAAUGAAUAUCCAUAUUAACAAUCAGAAUGAUAAUGGAAUUAAUCAUGAAGACGAUCAUGAUGGUGAUGAUGAUGAUGAUGAACAAAAAUCAAUAAUAAAGUUCAAUGACAUUGAAAAAAUCAAUGGAAAUUUAGAAUUGAAACAAAAAAAUUUCAAUAACAAUUCAGGAUUAACAAACGGUGGUAAUAAACAAUUAUUGAAUGAUGAAAAAUUGAUGAAUAACCAUAGGCUGUCAUCGUCAUCAUCAUCAUCAUCAACCACGGCAACAAGUCUGACAAAAUUAUCAUCCAUUCAUUUUGGUAAAUGGUCAGCAAAAAUGAAAGAUUAUCUACGAAAAAAUUGAUCCGACGUUUUUUUUGCUGUAUUUUGUUUUUGUAAAAUAAAUUUUAUACCCAAAAAACACCAACAACAACAAAAAGAGUUUUAUUUUCCCAUUGACGAAGAACAAAAUUCUUCGUUUUUCUUUUCAUUUUCCGAUUUUUUUUAAAAAAAUGUAAGUCAAUAAUCUGGCCUUGAAGAAAAUUGAAUA